GGCCGCGCUGAGCGAUGUGCGAGCAGGCGGCGCGGUACUGCCGGGCCGGCGUGCAGAGGCUGCUGCGGAAACCGGCGCCGGCGCUGCGCGGGCUGGACGGGCUCCUGCGCUGGGCGGCCGCCAGGAUGGGCGACAAGGGCCUCGCCGAGCGGGAGCUGCUCGCCCCGGGCGCCGCCGCCGCCCAGAGGAAGGGCACCUCCGUCAUCCUCGAUAUUUUCAGAAGAGCUGACAAAAAUGACGAUGGGAAGCUCUCACUGGAGGAGUUCCAGGCCUUUUUUUCUGAUGGGACACUCAACGAAGAAGAACUUGAGAAGCUCUUUCACACCAUUGACUCAGACAACACUAACAAUGUGGACACCAAGGAGCUGUGUGACUAUUUUGCUGACCACAUGGGAGACUAUGAAGAUGUUUUGGCCUCUCUGGAGAUGCUGAACCUCUCCAUCCUGAAGGCAAUGGACUACACCAAGAGGGUGUACGAGAGCGGCACCAACGUGGAGCAGUUCGUGACCCGGUUCCUGCUGAAGGAGACGGCGAACCAGACCCAGUCCCUGCUGAGCUCCGUGGAGAGUGCUGUGGAUGCCAUCGACGAGCAAACCAACCCCAGCAGGCACUACCCCAGCAAGGCUGGCCAUGGCCUGAGUGACCCCUGGUACGACAGCCCUGUGCCCAGCUACGCUCCCACCACCUGGGUGGUCCCCAGAGAGCACGGCAAGACCCUCCAGGCUGGUUCCCCCGACACCAAGGCAGAGGGGUUGGAAGGGCAGAUCAACAGGCUGGCCAAGCUGAUUGGCAAGCUGGAGGACAAGACGCUGUGGUUUGACCUGCACCAGCGGCUGUCGGACAGCGAGAGCUCCGCCUGCACGUACCUCCUCCUGGUGCGGAACGAGAUGACGGUGUCGCACAAGCACCUGGGCGAGUUCUGCAGCUCCCUGAAGCAGUACCUGAAGAGCGUGGCCGGGGAGCGGGACUGCUUCCAUGUCACCGCGGUGAAGCUGCCUGAUGGGGUCACCUUCAUCGUCUACGAGUUCUGGGAGACCGAGGAGGACUGGAAGAGGCACCUGCAGAGUGCCACCUGCAAGGGCUUCCAGCACGUCAAGGUGGACACGCUGAGCCAGCCCGAGGCCGUGUCCAGCGUGGCCGUGCCAGCUGCCUGGUGCACCCUGAGCAGAGACUGACCGUCGGUGCCGGGGGGGGCCAGACCGGCCCCUCUGCAGGGUGGCCGUGACCCCCCUGCGUGGUGGGGAGUGGGUGUGAGCUGACUGGAGUGAAGGAAACCCCCGUGUGUGUCCCCACCACCCCAUAGAGUCCUCCCCCAGCCACCCCAUCACCUGGAUCGUCUCUCCUUGGCAUGAGGUGGUCCCUGGGAAGGGAAGGUCUGUCAGGGACGGACUGGCAGGGUUUGGGGAGGGGGACAUCCCCCAGACAUAGGCAGGCAGGGAUGGGCAGGGUGCAGGCAUUGGGAAGUAGAGGUGGGAGUGGGAGGCUGGAGCCCCCCCUGAAAGCAGGGAGUAGGUUGGGGGUCUGUGCUAGUUCCCAGGGCCACCCAGGGAAGGGGCUGGGGGAGUUAAGGCUGUGCCUGGGGCAGUGUGUGUGUGCCUGGGGGCGUCAAGGUGGUGGCAAAGGGGGAGUUAUCCCUGCUCCCAAGGCAACCGUUACUCUUUUCUGGGCAGGGAGGGUCCCAAGGGGUUUCCUUGUGCAGUUGAAGUGAGUGCCUUGCAGGCGUGAGGGUGGCUGUCCCCCCCACCCCCUUCCUGGGCUCUGUACUUCUGUCUGUGUGUCUGUCUGUCCGUACCCAUCCUGCACCCAGCCCCCCGUGCACGGGGGUCCCUGGGGGUGUGUGGCACAGGACCCUCUCUGAUACCCUGUCCUGUCUUUAUUAGCCACUGUACAACGGGGCCGUGAUGCCAAAUAAACGCGAUGGGAUCCA